CUCUCUCUCUCUCUCUCUCUCUCAUUUAUAAAGCUUCGUCUUCUUCCUCCUACUGCUUAGUAAAAGUACUGCGGCUAUACAUGUACAGCAUGAGCUUCUUGACGCUACAAAGCUUAAUUCCUUGUACCGGUAAGUAUGGAACCGUUACUCUCUUUUUGCUCGCUCUACUCUCCCCGAAUAUUCCUUGGGCGGUGGCCCAGACCAGUACGGACGAGGAAAACUACGGCCGGUACGCCAAGCUCAGUCCCUCCAUGGCGAUAAUCGUUGUCGUUCUUGUUGCGGCUCUAUUCUUCAUGGGGUUCUUCUCCAUAUACAUCCGCCGCUGCAACAGCGGCCAGUCCGCCAACAGUAUCCGUGGUGGUAUUCUCUCGAGGCGGGGAGCCACAGCCGCGCGUGGGCUCGACCCGGAGGUGAUCGAGACCUUCCCUACCCUGGUCUAUUCCGUCGUCAAGGGGCUCAAGAUCGGGAAAGGCGCCCUGGAGUGCGCCGUGUGCUUGAACGAGUUCGCCGAGGACGAGACGCUGCGUCUGAUCCCGAAGUGCGACCACGUGUUCCACCCGGAGUGCAUCGACGUCUGGUUGGCUUCCCACACAACCUGUCCCGUCUGCCGAGCAAACCUCGUCCCUCAACCUGGAGACUCAGUACACCCUUUCCCCAGGUUGGACACCGACUCAGACCUCGAAGCCCAAAACGAAGUCGCCGUCGAAUCAUCAAACGCAGAAACAGAACGAGAACAAAGAGUACCCCAAGAGACGGUGGUUAUAGACGUAAAGCAAACGCUGAAUCGGAAUCGGACCCGGGGGUCAAGGUCGAGCCGUUGGUCCACCCGGAUGUUCCCGUUUCCACGUUCACACUCGACGGGUCACUCUUUCAUCCAACCGGGAGAGAACACGGAACGGUUCACAUUGAGGUUGCCGGUGGAGGUGAGGAAACAGAUAAUGAACCAGAAACUGAACCGGACCACGAGUAUGGUGUUCUUGCCAAGGGAAGGGAGUUCGAGGCGGGGAUACAGAACAGGUGGGGAAGGUAGUAGCAGAGGGAAGAGGAUGGAGAAACCGGACCAGAUGAGUAAAUCGGACCGGUGGGCAUUUUUUACGAGAGCAUGGUCGAUGAAGUCACCAAAGGUGGCGGCUAAUAAUGAUGGAGAGGGCACCUCAUCUCAACCGGCGGGCGAGGGAUCAGUGAGUGACUCGGUUCGACCCCAUGUAUAGGAACAAAUUAAAUUAUAUUAUGUGUAAAUUUCUUUCAAAUAUCUUUGCUUUUUGUUUGGUUUAUUUUCUAGAGUUAUGUGUAUUAUUAUGGAAUGUAAUCGGAAAGUGACCAAUAUCCUGAGACGUAAGAAAGUCGACAUGAACAAGGGAUGAUGCCUUUACUGCACAGCCAGCAAAGUUUGACAUAAAACAAAAAGCUCAAAAGCAGGCACCUCCUAGAUAGUUUAGGUUGAUCCCCACGGGGCACCACCAUAUGUAACGUGAGAUGCAGGGCAUGCUAGAUUGUGGUCCGAAAUCUGUGUUGUAGCAAGGCAAGUUAAUGGGUGUAGGGGAGCCAGCAGCAUGCAGCAGCUAAGUACGUAGGCUGUGACUUUGCAGCUCUUCAUCAUUUGCCAUCUUUGCAUUGCUUGUUUGCCCAUUUUAAGUGGCUUGCUUCUUGGCCA